UCCUCCAUUCCGCCGCUCCUAUGAAGAGCAAAACUUACUCUUUUUGCAAGAUGGCAAUGAAAUUGGCAUACUGGGAUAUACGCGGGCUUGCUCAACCAAUCCGUCUGCUGUUGGAAUACACUGGUGCUAAGUAUGAGGAGAAGUUCUAUUCUUGUGGUGAGGCUCCCAACUAUGACAAAAGCUGUUGGUUUAAUGAGAAAGACAAACUUGGGAUGGACUUUCCUAAUUUGCCCUAUCUAGAGGAUGGAGACGCGAAAGUAGUCCAAAGCAAUGCCAUAAUGAGAUACAUCGCCCGCAAGCACAACCUCUGUGGGGAAACGGAAGAAGCGCAGGUGAGAGUUGACAUCUUGGAAAACCAGGCAAUGGAUUUCCGUAAUGGUUUUGUCCAGCUCUGCUAUGGAGACUUUGACAAAAACAAAUCAUGCUACACUGAGAAACUACCAGGAACUCUAAAGCAGUUCUCUGACUUCCUUGGUGACAGGAAGUGGUUUGCUGGGGACAAGAUCACAUUUGUGGACUUCAUCAUGUAUGAGCUGUUGGAUCAGCAUCGUAUGUUUGACCCAGAGUGCCUGGAUGACUACAAAAACCUAAGAUGUUUUCUGGAUCACUUUGAGAGUCUUGAGAAGAUUGCAGAAUACAUGAAGUCAAACAAAUUCAUGAAAACACCUGUGAACAACAAGAUGGCCAAAUGGGGAAACAAGGAGUGAAACUAACAAGAUUGUGUCUUGGUAAAGCAUCAUAAGGUGCAUCACCAACUGCUUUGAUUAUAAGGUCAAUAUAGUUAAACAGCACACUGAUCAUUUUUUUGGGGACCACAAUUUUAAACCUUCCGAUAACUAUCAAAGCGAUUUAAGGAUAUUUAGUUGCAUUUACAUCCCAGUGAUACAGUUAACAUUAGUAUUGAUUAUAAAAGAAUUACAAGACAAUCAGAAUUCUCAGUUGUUGUCUGUAGACAUGCAAGCACUUCUUUUUAAAUUGAAAGUGUUCAGGUGAGUGUAGCACUUUGAUUUUUGACUAUCUGAUGCCAUGAAAAGAAAAGAAGCAUUCCAUUGUUAUAUUAUAGAUCUCACUGUUUUGAUUGUUAUUCUACAUUUGAAAGCAAAGCAUUAAAUGCAGUACCUUAUUUUGACCCAAUAAAGCAGAGCACCGUUUUGUUCAA